GCAGCAUGAUUGUCCCAGGGUCCCUUGUUGCGGUCGCCACAAUGCCCCGGAUGUAGGGUGUACACAACUCUUUCAAGAUGGCGUAGGGUCCAACGACCUGAAGAAUUUCUUGCAUAUUUUCGACAAUUAUCGCAAAGAAGAUGUUUGGUAAGAAGAAGAAGCGGCCGGAGAUCUCGGCCCCCUCCAACUUCGAGCACCGCGUGCACACCGGGUUCGACCGCGACCACGGGGAGUACGUGGGGCUGCCAGCCCAGUGGGCCAGCGUCAUCGGCUCUCCGAAGGAGGCCGCACAACCGAGCGCCGUCAGGCCGCGACCCCUCAUCGACCCAUCAUGCAUCACUCCCGUAGACCUUAGUACACUGAAGACAGUUGUACGCGGCAGCAAAGCUGACUUAUAUCCGGCGGAGCCCGACGGCGGACAGGCUUGGAAGAUGAUCGUCCGAGGGAACAGUAAGAUGGACACGACCGACCUGGCGCACACCAGCCCGAACGGCUACGACUACCAGCAGCAUCCCAACAUCCGCAACCUGCAGCAGGGCGGCGGCGGGAUCAGCGUGGCACGGUCAAACUCGCUCCGGAAGGACAGCCCCCCGCCGCGCCGCGUGCCCAGGGACCGGACGCAACACGACCGGGACAUGCUGCACGACGGGUUGCCGCCGGGGCUGCAGGACCCGGUACGGGAGCGCGGGUACGGCGGACCGGACUACACGAACGGCAGGGGGGCGCCGCCUCAGAACGGGCGCAGCCUUCAGGACGUGCGCGGCGGCCAACAGCAACCGUACGCCCGUGACGGGGGGCGCGGGGACUAUGCUUACAGCAACAGAGACACUUACCACGGGGACCUGGGGGGGCCAGGCAGGGAGAGCUACAGUAGGGACUAUCACACGUACGCCCCCGGGAGGGAGUGGGACAAACCGGAUGGCAGGGCGGCCUCCAGACAGCAGCAGCGGCCGCAGGAGCCGCGCACACCCACCAAGGUCCCGCCACCCGUCGCACCCAAACCAAGUUUACGGUCGUCGACCUUGCCGCGGGACCCGGGGCCAGUGGUGCCCCCCUCUACCGGUGCCAAGCCUAGUCCCAGCCACGUGCAGAAGAUAACCCUCUCACUACCGGGACACAAACAAGCAAACAGACCACAGCAGCCUCACAACCAAAACUACAGGGACUAUCAGAACAGCCCGAGCGUCCCGCCGCCUUCCGUGCCCAACGCCAACCCCCCUGCCGCCCCACCAAGUGCCACCACCCCCUCCCAGCCCAAGCCCCCUCCCGCGCAGACCCCCGACCAGCGCGAGUCGCACGAGAAGUUCCGGGCGGCGCUGCAGACCGUGGUCAGCCCGGGAGACCCGCGAAACACCCUGGAGAACUUCGUGAAGAUCGGGGAGGGUUCGACGGGGAUCGUGUGCAUCGCGACCGAGCGCGGGACAGGCAGGCAGGUCGCCGUGAAGAAGAUGGACCUGAGAAAACAGCAGAGGAGAGAACUGCUCUAUAAUGAGGUGUCGAUCAUGCGAGACUAUCACCAUAACAACAUUGUGGAGAUGUACGACAGCUUCCUGGUGGAGGAUGAGCUCUGGGUCAUCAUGGAGUUCCUCGAGGGGGGAUCCCUCACAGACAUCGUCACACACACAAAGAUGAACGAGGAGCAGAUAGCCACGGUGUGUAAGGCAGUCCUAGAGGCGCUGGUGUUCCUGCACUCCUGGGGAAUCAUCCACAGGGACAUCAAGUCAGACUCCAUCCUGCUCGCACACGAUGGCAAGGUGAAGUUGUCAGACUUCGGGUUCUGUGCCCAGGUGACCCCUGACCUGCCCAAGAGGAAGUCGCUGGUGGGCACGCCCUACUGGAUGGCACCUGAGGUCAUCUCCAGACUGCCCUAUGGGCCAGAGGUUGACCUCUGGUCCCUUGCCAUCAUGGUGAUGGAGAUGGUUGAUGGAGAGCCGCCGUUCUUCAACGAGCCCCCCCUGCAGGCCAUGCGCCGCAUCAGGGACAUGCCGCCUCCCAAGCUCAAGAACACACACAAGGUGUCUUCGAGGUUGCAGGGUUUCCUGGAGAAGAUGCUGAUGCGGGACCCGUCCCAGCGAGCCAGCGCGAUCGACCUGCUGGAACACCCGUUCCUGCUCCACGCCUCCAACCCCUCCUGCAUCGUGCCCCUCAUGAGGAGUUUCCGCCACAGCCCCUGCUAGUCCCACGCCACAAGCACCACAGGCACCAUAGGCACCACAGGCAUAGCCAACACAACAGCAAGAUAAAGAUAUGGUACCUCUAAAGACAGAACCACAACAAGCACAGACACAACAGGCACAGCAAGAUUAAGAUAUGGUACCUCUGAAGAUACAAGCGCAGGAACCACAGGCACGCUCAUCAGUAAUCUCCAAGCAGAUCCUACAGUAGCAUAAGAUAGUACCAAAAGCUGCCAGAGGAGUGAAGCGGGCUUAGGAGCGUGUUUUGCUACAUGGCAGAUGGACACCUCUUGGCUGACUACACUCCUUGGCCAGUUUGGUACUAUCUUAUGCCAUUGUAGGAUCUGCUUGGAGAUUAGGCCAGCACAACCACAGCAAGGUUAAGAUAUGGUACCUCUGAAGACAAACGUCAUCUCCCGGCAAACACGUAGCUCUGGCCUGUUCUGCAAGAUUUUCCUGCCUUCUUUAUACCAUUAUAGUAGUACAUGUGUGCCUCUCUUUACCCUGCCCUAAGGUGAAGAGAGAUGAACAGAGAGAAACACGCACUACAAAAAAGUCACUACAAAACAAUCAGAGCCAUCUAAAUAUAUGCAUGGCUUCAGCUUGUUUUAUACAGCUUAUAAAGUCCAAUUUUUCCCUGUUUACCCUGCCUUACAUAUCUUCUUGGCAUGUUUGCCAGUAGAUUUCGUGCGAAGUAUACAGAGAAAAAUGUUCUCUGCUAUUGUAUAGAGAAGGGCAGGAAGAUGUGCAAAACAGUCCAGAACCAUACGUCUGCUUGGAGACCACCUCAACACAAUGUAGCAUUGCAAUGUAGCAUUGCAGAGAUCUUGCCAUAUACUGUAGCACACUGUGUCAUCUUCAGCUGACAUCCUCCAACGCAGGGACAUCCAACAGCCAAACCUCCUGUCU